AUGACUACAGAUAGUAAUGAUAGAGAUUCAUUAAAACAAGACAACAAUAUUAUUUUGAUCCCAAAAAGACGCACACUGCGAAAAACAGCACUAGAAAAAAAGGCUAACUACAUAUUUAAAAGAAAAUAUGAGAGAAUAAACAAACCAAAACGUCAUUCUGAUAAUAAAAAUAAUUCUGACAAAUCCAGACAAAAUGGGGAGCAAUUGCCAAACUGUACUGUUCAGCAAGUUAACAGAGGUAAUAAACUACCUCGAAUCAAAGUAAUUUUUAGUACUGCAAAUUGGUUUUUACCAAGGGACAUACAGGAAGCAAAUUUAUUAAAUGAUAAAGUAACUUUCUAUUAUCAAAAUGAUUCCUCAUCAUCUAUAGCAGCAAUUUACAAUAUCGAGAAUAAUAAUAAGAAUUAUAAUGAUAAUUGGGAUGAAAAACUAUCAAAGCAAACAUUUGCCAAUAAUAUAAAGAUUAAGUAUGACCCUAAGAAAUUUUUAAAUUUUAAUAAAUCCUUAAAUACGUCUCAAAAGGAAUAUUUAAUCGAAACAGAUACUGAACAAACCCACCAAGAUGUUGAUUUUGAUUUAGAAACGUUUCUAAAUAAAAAUGUUUCAUCUCAGUUAGAUUCUUUAGAGAUUCCUUAUAAAUCCAUAUAUCCAUUGAAAAAGAAAAACUAUUUUCAUGCUACUCCAUUGACAAUACCAACAAAAGAAGACAGAAUACUCUUUCAUAGAUUAUUUGUGCAAUCGAAAGGUUCUAGUUUUUUAAACUCAAACAUUACAAUGACAUUUCCACAGGAUUCUAAAGAAUUACUAGCUUUAAAAAAACCUUACAAAGUAUCAAAUGUAAAAUAUAUAUAUAUUAAUAACCAUGAGAUUAAGACAUUAUAUCCAAGCCCUUAUCCUGAAAAUAUUAACAAACAGUCGAUUAUAUACAUUUGUCAAUUAUGUUUACAAUAUAGUUCCAAUCGUUUUCAAUAUAAUAGACAUAAACUAAAAUGUUCACAAUGUAAUUUGCGAAGACCGCUAGGAAAUGAGAUUUAUCGAGAUAAAAGUAUUAGUAUAUUUGAAAUAGAUGGUAGAGAACAUAAGACUUUUGCUAAAAAUUUAUGUUUAUUGUCAAUGCUGUUUUUAAAAUCUAAGACUCUAUACUAUGAAGUAGAGCCAUUUAUGUUUUAUGUUUUAUAUGAGCAUCCCAAAUUGAGUAAUGAUUCUGCUAAAAAUAGUAACACGAAUAAUAAUGAUGAAGGUGAAAUGAAAUUAGUAGGUUAUUUUUCUAAAGAAAAAUUAAAUUCAACAAAUUAUAAUUUAAGUUGUAUUCUAACAUUACCCACUCAUAGACGACUAGGUUAUGGUUUUUUGUUAAUGGAUUUUUCUUAUUUGCUCUCCAAAAGAGAAUUUAAACACGGAACACCAGAAAAACCAUUAUCAGACUUAGGUUUAAUAACUUAUAGAACUUUUUGGAAAAUCAAAUGCUUAGAGACUCUAUUAUAUUUAAGGGAUACUACUAAAGUGAAAACAAUCACACUAGAAGAUUUAUCAAAUAUUCUUGGAAUGGCCCCUACCGAUAUAAUUCUAGGGUUAGAACAACUACGAGUUCUUUUUUAUUCAGACAGAGAAGAUGGAACUAGACAAUAUGCUAUUAUAAUAAACAAUUGGAAGCCCCUAGAAGACAUGUAUCGUAGGUGGAAAGCAAAAAAUCCACUCACUAUAAAACCAGAAAAAUUAUUGUGGAAACCAAUGAUUUUUGGUCCAUCCUGUGGUAUGAAUGCUGUUAACACCAAUCUUACAGAUUCAUUUGUAGGAAUUGAUAAUAACAUCGAAAAAUUUAGUGGGAUUGACUCUGACGAAGAUAUUUUUAACAAACAUAUUGAUUUAAUCACAAGUUUUAUGAAAGAUGAUAUUGAUAAUAAUUAUAGUACUAUAGAAUCUGAGACUUUGAACAAAUUAAAUGCAAACGAUAUAUGCAUAGAUAGUAUUGGAAAUAUGCAAGAGAUGGACUGGAAACUUUGUUUUAGAGAACCUAGAUUGCAUGGGAACACACUAAAUAAAUUAAACAAUAAGUUUAGGCUAAAAAAGAAAGUUUCAAACCUUGAUCAGUUAGGAAAAAAAAAUAAAAUGGCCAGUUAUGAUGAGAAUGACGAUUAUGAGGAUAAAGAUAUUAGUAAGAUAUUUAAUAAUAUGGAGGAUAUUAAUAUUGAUAACUAUGAUGAUGAUCAUGAUGAUGACUAUAGUGAAGUCUUAGAUCAAGAAGAGGACGACUUACCAGAUGUGGAUAGUGACAAUAGUGUUGUGAAUGAAGUUAAGAGUCUCCUUGAAGACUAA